GGAUCUAACGAAACACCUCGAAUUUACCCACUACAAUUUUACUACUACUACUAACAUGGUAUGCGUCUCAUCUCCCUCUUCCAACCCCAUCCCUCUCUUCCUCUCUCUUCCCCUCAUCCAGAGAACUUCCAGAGAACUUCCCUCUAAUCCUCCUCGUCACAGGGCUCGAUAUUCAGCAGCAUCGGACGCGGCAUCAACGCUAUCAUCUCCGCUAUCGCGAAUGUGAUUAUGACCAUUGUGUCGGCGAUUACUAUGGUGGGUCUUCUUUCGUUCUCUUUUCACCUUGUUCUCUUCUCCUCUCCCUUCAUCCUCUCCCCUCGCAUCUUCUCCCUUCCCCAUCUCCUUCCAUCUCCUUCCAUUUCGCUUCCUUCCAUUUCGCUUCUCUUCAUCCUUUUCUCCCUUCCCCAUCUCCUUCCAUUUCGCUCACGCACAAUCACCCUCUAUCCUCUAUCCUCUAUCUAUCCAGGUAAUCGUAACCAUCUUCGACGUAAUCCUCGACAUUCUCUGCUGUAGAUGUUUCGGAUCCAGACGGUCUGGGAUGCGGAGUGGGAGGAGGAGGGGCGGGGGGAUGAGAGGGGGUGGGGUGUAUUAGGGAGGGAAGAGA